CACACAAGUCCCUCCCUACCGCCCAGUUUUCCGCUCCGUUUUCCCCACCCCUUCUCCACCUGAUCCCCACGCUCCUCCCUUUCGAAGAAGAAACAAAAUUUCCUCCACCUCCACGACAUCCUCUCGACCAAAGCGGCAGCAAUACCGUAGCUAGGUACCUGGACCGAAUGCUUGGGGAUGUCCAAACCAUGAUCGAUGUCUCCUGCCCUUAGACGCCAGAUUACAUAAACCGCGAGGACGAGAGAGGAGUGCAUCAUGUCCAACAUCUUCGGCAAGAAAGGCAAGAGUUUCAGCGGUUCAGAUUCACCGCAUCGAAGCGCCGCACGCGUACGGUUCAAGAGCGCGAGCCUGAAUUGCGUCGACUCGCCCAAAAAGCAGAACGACGAUACCUGCAAAUACAGGGUGUUCGUUGCUACGUGGAACGUGGGCGGGAAGACUCCGAACGAUGGCCUUAACCUGCAGGACUUUCUGCAGGUGGACGAGUCCUCCGACAUAUAUGUCUUGGGGUUCCAGGAGAUCGUUCCCCUGACAGCUGGUAAUGUGCUUGUCCUGGAGGACAACGAGCCGGCGGCGAGGUGGCUGGCCCUCAUCCACCAGGCGCUGAACAAUCCGCAAGAGCAGUUGGACAGCGACGAGCCGCCGCUCGCCGCGUCAUCGGACCCUAGCACGGCAGACGCGGGCCGGCAGAACCGUCGGCGCGACUCCAUGGCCACCAGGUCCUCGAGCGGCAACCUCUUCUUCCAGACGCCGUCGCUCAAGCUCCUCAGCAACAGCUACCGCGUCGACAGCGCGCUCGUCAAGACCUGCAACUGUUCCGCCGAGACCUCUACCCAACGCCGCCGCGCCGCCGAGGCGCGCGACUCCGUCUACCGCGCCGAGACGCCCUCUACCAGCACUCCCACCGGCGAGGCCUCUUCGUCGACAGCCGCCAGCGCCUGGGACGAAGACUCCGCCGGCACUGCCGCUGCCACGCCGGCCCAGGGCGAGCCGACGGACGACGGCGGCGGGAUGAGCUACUGCCUGAUCGCGAGCAAGCAGAUGGUGGGGCUAUUCCUGUCGGUGUGGGUAAAGAGGGAGCUGGUGGAGCACGUCGGCCACCUCCGGGUGGACUGCGUCGGCAGGGGCAUCAUGCGGUGGCUGGGCAACAAGGGGUGCAUCGCGAUGAGCAUGACGCUGCACCACACCAGCCUCUGCUUCGUGUGCAGCCACCUGGCCUCUGGCGAGAAGGAGGGCGACGAGGUCAGGCGGAACGCCGACGUCGCCGAGAUCCUCAAGAGCGCGCACUUCCCCCGCGCCUGCAAGCCACCCUCCACUGCGCACCGCGUCCUCCCCGAGCGGAUAAUCGACCACGACAAGAUGAUAUGGCUCGGCGACCUGAACUACCGAGUCUCACUCAGCUACGACGAGACGAGAACGUUGCUGGAGGACAACGACUGGGACGCUCUCCUGUUGAAAGAUCAGCUGAUGAUCGAGCGGGAGGCAGGAAGGGUGUUCGUGGGCUGGAAGGAGGGCAAGAUCUGCUUCGCGCCGACGUACAAGUACACGCACAACUCCGACGCGUACGCCGGCGAGACGGUCAAGUCCAAGAAGAAACGGCGAACACCUGCAUGCGUAGGUGCGACCGGAUACUGUGGCACGGCGACGGCGUCGAGCAGCUGCAGUACCUGCGGGGCGAGUCGAGGUUCUCCGACCACCGGCCGGUCUGCGGCGUGUUCGCCGUCGAAGUGGAUGCGGGCGUCGAGGGCGGCGGCAAGAUGAGGACCUGCCACUCGCUCGCCGCGCGGAUCGGCUGUGACAAGACGGCGUCCCCGCAGACGCACGGCAGCUCCGUUGAGCCAUCGUCGUAGCUGCGUCCUGUAGUCGUAUCCUGUAUGUAGGGAGCUUAAUUACUAAGGAUCAGAGAAGAUUGUAGCGACCAACCAUUGAUCUGUCAGGCUAAUGUCUGCUACUAACCGAAGCGAUCUGUCAGGCCAAAAACGUAAAAAGUUUGGGUGCAUCUGGA